AUGCCAAACGACGCACACUUUUUCGCCAUUCUCGGCCUCACACCCACGGCUUCUGCGACUUCCAUCCAGACAGCAUACAAGAAACUUGCUCUCUUGUACCACCCCGACAAGGCCGAUCGAGAGUACUGUCUAUCCCAUCUUAAACACACCACCGUCGAAGACCAACACGAGGACGAUGAUACAGACUGGCGCGACAAGCUCCCCGCUGGCAUAUUCAGCUUCAACUCCGAAUGGUGGAACAACCUCCGCGGCAACGAGCCCACCCCAAUCAUCAACUGGGCAAUCGCCUCUUCUAAAACCCACCGCUUCGCCUUCGUAAAGUUAGGCGAAGAAGAAAAGUAUGUUUUGAACGCCGAGUAUAACGCUGCCUACACCGCCUUUGAACACUGGCGUCAUCUCCACGUCGAAAAGUACGAACAGGAAGACCAGCUAGAAAAUAAUAUUAGCGGAAUACACGAGCGCCUUCGUCGUCACGCGCACGAAGCCCUAGCCACCCAAUAUGCUCAACCAGGCUGCACCUUCGAUUUAGAUGAGGAAAAGUACUUCCACGAUUGGGACGCUAUUGUCAGUGAAGGUCGUGCCCUUCCUACCAACACGUGGCGCGAUUUACAUAAUUCACCUGUUUGUACUCGUAUGGGUCCGCAAAAACGCCUUGCUUUGUUUCAGCGGCAGGUUGCGGCGCUCGAGGGGCGUGGGGGACGUAAGACAAAGUCUCAGCGCUCGCGGUUGCGACAGACGGAGGCUAGGCUGAUCAAGGAGGUUGAGCACGAUGAGAUUGUGAAGCGAGAGGCAAAGAUUAAGCAGGCCAUGGCCAAAGAGGCGAAGCUGCAGAAGAAGCACGAGCAGUGUGUCCGAGAGAAGAUGGCUGUGCUGGGGGAAGUUCUGGGGUGCUGA